AUGGCCCCCAAGGCAACGAAAAGGAGGAAAGCCUCCAAAGCCGACACCAUGCCCAAAGCAACAGCAACAACAGCAACAUCGGCCCCCGACCUCCUCGCCAAGUCCAAAGAAGCCUACGAGCAAGAACUCAAGGACCUCGCCAAAAAGGCUCGCACCCAAAAGGGCUACUGGGCCGGCCAACUCGCCAUCUACAUCCACUGCUUCAUCCUGCUCGGCCUGAUCGCCAUCGCCUCCAACGUCUCGCAGCUCGUGCUCUCUCCCGUCUACGGCUCCAUUCCCGCCUCGAUAUGGCACUCCAAGCUGGUCAUGGCCGCCUGCUUCACCGGCUGGGCCUCCAACAUCUUCCUUGAUCGCGCUUUGCCAGUGGAACCCGUGGAGCUGCUGCCUCUGAUCGCAAUGUACAUUCCGGCUGUCCAAUACCUCCUUUUCAGAGUCAGCGGGUAUUUGGGCGGCUCCUAUGGUCCAUUGGUCACGGAGCUCUUGACCAUCUUCCCGUUGAUCACCAUCUCCUCCGCCUGUGUCGCGACGAACCUCGAGUAUGCGGACUUUGGCCCGCUGCCCAAGUUCAUCGCUGAUGCUGUGCCUGGUCUGGGCUCGUUCGGCUUCUACAAGGUGGCCGAGAAGGUGACCAGUAGCUUCAUUGCGCAGCAUAUCGGCACGAACUUCUACAUGACCAGGAUCGGACUGGAGGGUCUGUUGGCCGCUUCGUACACGACCAUUGCGCCGUCCAAGUUCUUGUUGUUUGGGUUGCCUGUUUUGUUGCAUACUACCCUUUUGAACCCGCAUUUGCCGUCGCCUAUGGCCCUUUCUUGGUUGAAUGGUGGGAUGGAGAAGGAGGGCUGGAAGAUCUUGGACCGCCGGGAUUCACUCACGGGAUAUGUCUCGGUGGUGGAGAGUCUGAAAGACGGGUUUAGGGUGUUGAGGUGCGACCACAGUCUGCUUGGUGGCGAGUGGGUGAAGUUUGAGGAUACCGGUCGGUUCAAGGGGAAUCAGGUUGCUGAACCCAUCUAUGGUGUUUUUGCCAUGUUGGAGGCUGUGAGGUUGGUUGAGGUGCCUCACCCGGUCCCUGACAAUGAGGCGAAAGCUCUGGUUAUCGGCCUCGGCAUCGGCACCACCCCCGCCGCCCUCGUCGCUCACGGCAUCAACACUACCGUCGUCGAAAUCGACCCCGUCGUCCACGAGUUCGCCACCAAGUACUUCCAGCUUCCGUCCAACCACACCGCUGUCAUCGAAGACGCAGUCAGCUACACCGACCGUCUCGUCAACCAGACCCAAGGCGUCGGGCAAUUUGACUACAUCAUCCAUGACGUCUUCACCGGCGGCGCUGAGCCCGUCGCCCUAUUCACCUACGAAUUCCUCCAAAACUUGAACUCCCUUCUCAAGCCAGACGGUGUCGUCGCCAUCAACUACGCAGGCGACUUCUCCCACCCACCCCCUCUCCUAAUCGUCAACACAAUCCGCUCCGUCUUCGGUCCAUCAUGCCGCAUCUUCCGCGAACACCCGCGCGACGAAGCCCAAGCUGCCGCUCACAACGGUCGUGAUUUCACCAACAUGGUCAUCUUCUGCACCAAGUCUUCCACCCAAGAAAUUACCUUCCGCAACCCUUCCUCCCGCGACCUUCUCAACUCUCCGAGCAGAGAAGCCUUCUUGUUGCCCAAGUGGGAAGUCACGGAAGAGGAUCUGCUUAGGGGUGCCAAUGGCAGUGUGGCGGAGGCAGAGAAGCUGGGGGUUUUGAGACGGAAUGAUACGAGCUUGUUGGAGAAGUGGCAGCAGGAGAGCGCGCUGGGACAUUGGGAGAUUAUGAGGGGGGUUUUGCCCGAGGUUGUGUGGGUUAAUUGGUAG